AUGGGAACGAAGCACACCGCGACGCCGAUCCGGCGCAUCUCGAGCGGGUCGUUUGCAUCGCUCGCAGCACGAUCACAGAGCCAUGCAGAGACGCCGCUGACGUUUUUGCAGGACGAGGCGCUUCCUAUGCUCGCAGAAGAGACGGCAGCGCUCCAGGAGAACCUCGCCCAGCUCGGCGAGAUCCAGGGCGCGCUCUCGACGUUUAACGAGAGCUUUGCGACGUUUUUGUACGGAAUCAAGAUGAACGCGUUCUGUGUCGAGUGGCCCGAGGCGCCCGCGGACGAGAACUUGGCACGGGCGGCGCGCCGGCGCGCCGCUGCGCCGCCGCCCGAGCCGUACUCUGCGCCGGGCGACGAGUCGUACACGACCGACGCGGACGAUAGCUUUGGUGCACAGCGUACGCCAAAGCGCCCGGUGCAUGCGCGCGAGAGCGUGCGGCCAAAGGAGAGCGUGCGCCAGAGGGAAAGUGUGCGGCCCAAAGAGAGCGUGCGGCCCAAAGAGAGCGUGCGGCGCCCUGCGCCGGCCGCCGCGCAGCCCAAGCGCAUUCCUCUUGCGGCGCGGCGGCGGCGCGAAGCGUUUGCCGAGGAAGUCAUUGAUACCAUGCCGCUCGAGUACCGCAACGGCGACCCGAAGCAGCGCCGCCUCCUGCAGAGCGUCGUCCUUGCGCUGUUAUCAGCAGGCGACAAAGGCGUGCGUGUCGCAGACAUUGCGCAGACGCCCGACAUGCCCGCAGGGCGCGUGAACAAGGCGCUGAUUGCGCUGCUGGCCGCGAAUCACGUCGUGCGCACCUCGCAAAACGGUGUUGUAUACUCGCUGAAUACACAGCGGCAUGGGUCACUACCGUAG